CGAAGAAUCGAGGCGGCAGCGCGCAGAGGCGGCGGCGGCUGGAGCCCGGCACGGCAACGGCGGCGCCGCCAGCCCCGGCCCCCGCGGCAGUCCCCGCCCCGCCGCCCCGCGCCGCCCCGUAGUAGCCAGCGAGCGGGGUAGCCGUGCGGGCGGCCGCAGCCCUGCGCCAGCCGCGCCGCGGAGAUGCGCGUCCCCGCCGCGCUGUGAGCGCCGCCGGCGGAGACGGCGAGGGCAGCGGCUCCGCCCGCCGCGCCGCGCUCCGCGAGGAAGGCGAGCGGCAGGAGGCCCCGCGCACGGUGCCGCCGCGGCGCCCUAGCCUCCCCGCCGGGACUGCGGUGACGAGGGGCGGAGGAGGCGGCCGGAGCGGGGGCCGCUCGCCGCCGCCCCGGGACAUGUCGUCGGCGGCGGUGGCGGCCGCUUCCCGCAGGCAGUCGUGCUACCUGUGCGACCUGCCCCGCAUGCCCUGGGCCAUGAUCUGGGACUUCACCGAGCCCGUCUGCCGGGGCUGCGUCAACUACGAGGGCGCCGACCGCGUGGAGUUCGUCAUCGACACGGCGCGGCAGCUCAAGCGGGCGCACGGCUGCUUCGCCGAGGGCCGGGCGCCGCCGCCGCCCCACGCCAAGCAGCCGCCGCUCUCCGCCAAGGAGCUGCUGGCGCAGCAGCAGCAGCAGCUCGGCCACCCGGCGGAGGCGGCGGCGCGGCCCCCGCCGCAGCCCUUGGAGCGCUACUCGCUGGCCGCCGAGCGGCCGCCGCCCCGCCUGGGCGCCGAGUACGGGGGCGGCAGGCAGGUGAACGGCAUCCUGGUGCCCAACGGGUUCCCGAAGCCCGAGGAGCCGCCCGAGCUCAACCGGCAGAGCCCCAACCCGCGGCGGACGCACGCCGUGCCGCCCACCCUGGUGCCACUGGUGAACGGCGCCGGGCUGCCCGCCGCCAUCAGCAGCCUGGGCGGCCGCGCCGCCGCCGCCGCCUCGCUCGCCGCCAUCUCCGCCGCGCCCGCGCCCCUGGCCGUGCCGGUCCCGCAGCAGCCCGCGGCGGCAGCGCAGGCGGCGGGGCAGCCCGGAGAGCUGGGGCACAAGCGCCCCGGCUCCGUCUCGUCCUCUUCGUCCUCAUCGUCGGGCGGCGGCGCGGCAGGAGAGCACGACGGAGGCGCCAAGGAGAAGCGCGGCUCGGGAGAGAGCCUGCCCGCCGCGGCGGAGCUGGGCGGCGAGGGCAAGGGCCGGGCGGGCGGCGAGCAGGAGUGGCUGGCCAAGCCCAAGACGGUGCGGGACACGCUGCUGGCACUGCACCAGCACGGAGGCCACGCCGUGCCCGCUUUCGACAGCAAGUUCAAGAAGGAGCCAGGCAUGGCGGGCGGCAGGCUGCUGGGCUACGAGACCAACGGCGCCGUCGCCAAGCCAGGGGCCCGGGCCGCCCGGAAGAGGAAGCCUUCCCCCGAGCCGGAGGGCGAGGCGGGACCCCCGAAGCUCAACGGGGAGGCGCAGCCCUGGCUGCCCACCUCGUCGGAAGGGAUGAAGCUGCCGCUGACGGCCACCCCCUUCAUGUCGCCCCCGCCGCCCACCGCCUCGCCCCACUCCAACCGGACCACGCCGCCCGAGGCGGCCCAGAACGGCCAGUCCCCCAUGGCAGCCCUCAUUUUGGUGGCGGACAAUGCCGGGGGCAACCACGCCUCCAAAGACGCCAACCAGGUCCACUCCACCACCACGAGGAGGAACAGCAGCAGCCCCCCCUCGCCCUCCGCCAUGAACCAAAGAAGGCUGGGACCCGGCAGGGAUGUGCCAAGCCAAGGGGGCAACGCGGCGGGCGGGAUGGAGCCCGUGCACCCCGCCAGCCUGCCGGACUCAUCCCUCGCCGCCAGCGUCCCGUUGUGUUGUACCCUCUGCCACGAGCGCCUGGAAGACACCCACUUCGUGCAGUGCCCCUCCGUCCCUUCCCACAAGUUCUGCUUCCCCUGCUCCCGGCAGAGCAUCAAGCAGCAGGGAGCCAGCGGGGAGGUGUAUUGUCCCAGCGGGGAGAAGUGUCCCCUGGUGGGCUCCAAUGUCCCCUGGGCGUUCAUGCAGGGGGAGAUAGCCACCAUCCUGGCUGGAGAUGUGAAAGUGAAAAAGGAGAGGGACUCGUGACUCGCCUGCUCUCGCCGCCCGACGUCACCUUGAACUCGAACUGGUCGAAUUCUGUAUAUAUCUAUAAAUAUAUAUAUAUAAAUAUAUAUAUAUCUCCAAGACAAGGGAAAUGUAGACUUCAUAAACAUGGCUGUAUAAUUUUGAUUUUUUU